CAGCUGGCUCCACACUUAAAAAAGUGAAGCAUCAAUGAAUUUAUUGUUAUUUCGUGUUUAGUCUUUUUUAAGACACUUCAGUAUUUAUGAGCGACAUGUGUUUUCUUGUCAUAACGGCCGGUAUAUCUUGACCGCUGGUAUAAAAGAAACGGCGCGAAUUCCUCCGGGGCAUAUCCCGCAUACUAUCAGCUGAUUUUAAAGUGCAAGAUGUAUUCAAUUCUGAUCUCAAUUAUUUACACGUGUACGUAUUUAACAAUUACAGGCAUUUGCUCAGUGAUACCGCAAGCAAGUAAUAUUAUGGAACCAAGUGGACUACAUAAUACAAGCGAUGUGGAUUUUGAGCAACUAGCUCGUCUUCUUCAACAAAACAGUGAUAAUUCAGAAAUAUCGUCCGAUGGAUCAGAUCGUAAUGUACACCAAUGUCCAACCUGUCACAUCCGAGAACAUCAAAAGAGAUUAAGGAUCAACUCCAUAAAAAGUAGAUUAUCUCAUGCUUUAAGAUUGGAUGUUUUAGGGUUACCAAAUGUAACAGGCACAAGAAUCCCCAAAAUUCCAUCCUAUGAAAGAUUACGACGUCAAUAUGACAACGAAGUAAAUUUAGAAGAAAUGCAAUACGACCAACCCUAUUCAUACACAGAACAAAUCGAAGACGAAGAAGAUGAAUUUGGUAGAAUGGAGAGAACAUUCAUAUCUUCCGAAGAACCGCCUGUGUCUCAAUCAGUCGAGGCACCAAAUGCAGUGUACUUCAACAUACCUGCAAUGGAAAAUCAAGAAGUACUCCGAGCACGUUUAUGGGUUUACAUAGCACCACCACGUACACAAUUUAAUUUACCAAAAAACGUGUCAGAACUAUUCCUCUACAAGCUUGUCCCUCCUUGGAAACAUGGAGGACCUCCAGUCAAAAGGUUUUUGAAAAAGAAGAAAAAAAGUAUCGCCGAGACUAGUGGUUGGCAUCAUUUUGAUAUCACCGACCUCGCACACCAGUGGAUUUCAGAUCCUUCUUCUAACCUGGGUGUAGUAGUGGAAGCUUUUGAUGGGAACAAUGAGAAUCUGAUUGUCCUACCAAGUGUAACAACAUAUAAUAGUGGUUAUGUACCUAACCUUGACAUAAAGACCAUAACGAUUCUCCACAACCAAAGAGAAAAGAGAUCUACACCGUUGAAUUGUGAUGAACAGAAUCAGUUUGAUACAUGUUGUCGUUACCCCUUAACCGUAGAUUUUGUCGAGUUUGGUUGGGAUUUCGUCAUUGCGCCACAACGAUACGAUGCUUAUUAUUGUGCGGGGGAGUGCCGUGAUGAGGGUUUGAGCGAAUCUGGUCAUUCCGCCGUGGUACAACAGAUUCCAGAGUCUAGACUGCUCAGCACAAAUCCUGGACCAUGUUGUUCUCCUGCUCGGAUGGCGAAUCUCAAAAUGCUUUACUUUGAUCAUCAAUCAAGAGUUCAGUUGACAACGCUGCCAAGAAUGAAAGUCGUCCGCUGUGGAUGUGCUUAAUCUCUUACUGUCGUGUAUCUGGUUUACUUUGCAGUAAAAAAAAUUACAGUUUGUUGCAUUUGAUAAGGACAACACACUCUUUCCGUUACAACUUGUACAACCGGGGAAAAAGUUAUAAUUUUCCAGUGAUUCCUUUGUUCCGAAUUUUCUGUUUGUUAAUAAUCUCGCUUACAGCAACAAACGUCUUUUUCCCGUCCUCGCAAAGGUCGGAGUGCUCAUUGUUCAAUGUAAUUUGUGGACUUUUAUAAAGAGUCCAAAAGUAUCUAUUGUUCAGAUUACGCUGUGCUUUCAAGUGAAGAGAAAAUGAACAGUUCAAGACUGUUUUGUUUUCUUCCUCUCCAAAGGAGGAUUUGUCAAAUAGGGCAUUUGUUUGUUAUGUAUACAAAAAUCCGUAUAUGAUCUCUUUUUUCACAUCCUUUAGCACAUGUUAUAGUCUUGUAUAGUGUGAGACAGUUUUGUUUCAAUGUAAGCCUGUAAAUGUUAAAUUAAUUUGCGUAAUGUAUUCUGUUAUUAUUUUGUUCAUCUUUAUAAGUCAUUUUUAUUCUUAUGAAUAAUGUGAAAAUAGUUUCUUUUUCCUCAUCAAUGUUUUCCGAUAUAAGUGCUGAAAAGACGAAACAAAAAACAGCCUAUGUAAUAUAUGUAUAUUCUUAAGAUGGUCACUUGACUGUGUUAUCUUCAACAGAGACUACAACUAGGUUGAAAACCAAACCUAUCUUUUUAUUAAUGCAGAAAACUUUGUACACUUUGUUUUCGUUACUUGCAUUCCAGAGCAAUAUAAUAAAUGCAUAUAAAAAAUAAUUGUUGAAAGGAAAAUUAGACAAAUCAUAUGUCGAUGAUGCUAUUAACCUUUUUUUUUUUUUUGCACAAGUAUUAUGUGCCUAAGUAAAAUCAGCUGUGAUAUCUGUUAUAAGAUAAAAUAAAUGGCUUCUUAUAAAAAUUUG